AUGAGUUUCCUCGCCGACUGGAUGCCUUUGGCCCCACUCAUGGACGAGGAAAUAUAUGACUCAGGAGUCAGUAUCAAAGAAGAGCUCAACGAUAUUUCCGAGGAUUCUCUUCUUGAAAUUAAGGAAGAACAAUUUGAUUAUGGAGAUGAAGUGAGAAAUGAAGUGAGCGACAAGAAAGUGGAACAUGAAUGGGUUCUUCAGAUAGAGAUCAAGCAAUACAGGAAAGACUUCAGCAGGAUAUUGCAACCAAAAGUGGAAGCCAAACUGAAACGUUUUGAAUGUGAGGUAUGUGGUAAGAAAUUCUCUCGUAAGAGGUAUAUCAACAUUCAUAUGAGAGUUCACACAAAGGAGAAACCAUACAGCUGUGAAAUAUGUAACAAGACUUUCUCUCAGACAGGCAAUCUAGUAAAGCACAUGAGAGUACAUAGAAAGGAAAAGCCAUUCAACCGUGAUAUAUGCAGCAAGGCCUUCACUAAGGAAUAUAAGCUAGAGAAUCAUAUGAGAGUAAAUACUAAGGAGAAGCCAUUUACCUGUGAGAUUGGCAGGAAGAACUUCUCUGUGAAAAGUUCUCUAGCAGAUCACAUGAGAGUUCAUACAAAGGAGAAGCCAUUCAGCUGUGAGAUUUGCAGCAAGGCCUUCUCUGUGAAAAGUACUCUAGUAAGGCACAUGAGAGUACAUACAAAGGAGAAGCCAUAUAGCUGUGAGAUUUGCAGCAAGACCUUCUCUGUGAAAGGUUCUCUGGUAAAGCACAUGAGAAUACAUACAUAGGAGAAGCCAUUGAGAUUCCAACAAGGUCUUUUCACGAAGAAAUAAUCUAGUUAGACAUAUGAGAGUCCAUACAAAAGGAGAAGCCAUAAAACUUUGUGAUUUUCAGUAAAGCAUUCCCAGAAAAAAAGCAAAACAUGAGAGUAUACAUAAAGAAGGAUUUAUAAAGCUUCCGUCAAAAAGCGACAUUGCAAUACUCAUGAGAGUAAGUUCAAAAGAGAAGUAUAGCUGUGAGAAAAAAAAAAAAAAAAAACAUAAUAAUCAUCUCAAGGAAUAGUCCCCUAGUGGAAUACAUGGGAGUCCAGACAAAAUAAAAGCCAUACUGGUGUGAAAUUUGUAGUAAGGCCUUCACAUUCAAAAGAAUUUUAGUAAUACAUAGGGGAAUACAUAAAAAGCAGAA